UUGUGUGUGGAGUCCGCGGCGCGCUACCUGUACAAGUUGAAACAUGUGCUAUGGCCGGGUGUAUACGGGCCGUCUCGAGAGCACCAGAUGACCAGCAUGACCUGCGGACGCAGAAACCCAUCGUGCAGGUGUACACGGACUGGGCCAACCACUACCUGGAGAAGGCCCGCUGCAAGCGCCGCGUGCUCGACCUACAAGCCGAUGUGGUGGACGGCGUGCUGCUCGCUGAUGUCAUCGAAGCUGUCACUAACCACAAAGUCGCAGACAUUAACAGAAAACCCAAGAACUCUUCCCAGAUGGUGAGUUGA